GCAAUGAUUGGUUUUAUCUCCCUCUUCCUAUUCCUGUCCAUGAUGAUUCCAGGAGCAGCUGACACAGCACUGAAAUUCAGUGAUGACAAAUACAGUGUUGUUUCAUUUCCUGUUGACAUGUCCCCACUAGUGGAACAAUUCUCCUUCUGCGUUUGGGUGAAAAGAAUUAGACCUGGAGACUGGCCAGUUGUAUUUGCCUAUGAAGAAUCCGAGCUGUUCCUUUACGCAACAGGCGCGCCUAAAAUGUUUAAGGUGGACAUGCCCUUAAGUAACAACAAACCUCCAAUGUCAACCUGGUACCAUUACUGCGGAACUUGGAGUCUUGCAUCAAAAACCUUCAAAGGAUACAUUAACGGAGCACUAGUGGUGACCCAGACCAUACCUGCAAGGUUCCUAAAGACAAGCGGCAACAUGGUUCUAGGAGAUUAUUGGAAUCCUUAUGCUAGAGGGGCGUCCUAUAACGACUUUGGAGGUGAGAUGUUCAAUCUGAACUUCUUCUCGAAUGAGCUGACAGGGGGUGAGGUAGCAGCAAUGUCAAAAGACGGUCUCUGUACACAGGUUGGAUUUGAUGACACCAGAGUGAUCAAGUGGGAGGAACUACUGACAAAGCCCAAGAUGGGAAAUGUCCAGGAUAUUUCCCUAGAUUGCCCUGACAUCAAGGAUGAACUCGAGAACAGUGCUGAAUGUGAAUCGGAUCUAAGCAACAUAAAGGCAGAAAUGGAAAACAUAAAGUUGGAACUACAAGAAGCAAAGAAGGAACUCGAGAACGGAGCUAAACGUGAAUCGGAUCUGAAAACCAUAAAGACAGAACUAGAAAAGGAACUCGCGAACGUUCCUGAAUGUGAUCUCCAAAAAGGAAAGCUGACGAGAUGGGAUGUUUUAUAUUCCUGCAACUUCUACAAAAAGACCUUUACUCGAAAACUUCAAAAGAAAUUCCGCAAAAUGUGGUCGAAGACAAAGGGACUAUUUGGGGAACAGUUGACUGACGAAGCCAUAGAAAAGUUCAAAGAUCUUCACAAGCAAGCAGAUGACAAUUGUGGAACCGAUUAAAGGACUUUUAUUUCAUUACCAUUUCUCAUUAAAAACUGAACUGCUACAUUUGAUUAGACAGGGUUACAGUCAAGAUUUCAAAAUAUUGUUUUUGCUUAUAUCAUAGUGUUCUAGUUAUCUUCUAAAAUUAUCCCAGCCACUAC